AGUAAAGAGUACAGUACAGAAUGGGGGAUAAGUUGAUGCAAGAGGGACAGUCUAACUCAAGGGAAUCAAAACAUUGGCCAGUUCUCGCCGCUCAGUCUCGCAGUAAGGACGUGUGGCGUCAUGACCUCCGUGCCCCAGAAUGCCCCGGAGCACUGCCCCGGCACCAACAGCCAGGAUGCGGGGAAGGCAGAUGCCUGUGCCGGCUGUCCCAACCAGCAGGUGUGUGCCUCAGGAGACGCUGCUGCUCCAGAUCCAGACCUAGCGGUGGUGAGGGAGCGCCUGGCGUCCGUCAAGAACAAGGUGCUGGUGCUGUCCGGCAAGGGAGGUGUGGGCAAGUCCACUGUGAGUGCCAUGCUGGGCCGUGCCUUAGCCCUCGACGACUCCAAGGAGGUGGGAAUCCUUGACAUUGACAUCUGUGGGCCGUCUCAGCCACGGGUGUUAGGGGCGGCGGAGGAGAAGGUCCACUCUUCAGGUGCUGGCUGGUCCCCUGUGUAUGUGUCUGACAACCUGGCUGUCAUGUCCAUUGGGUUCCUGCUCAACAGUGCAGACGAUGCUGUCAUCUGGAGGGGACCCAAGAAGAAUGGCAUGAUCAAACAGUUCCUGCGUGAUGUUGACUGGGGCGCCCUGGACUACCUGGUGGUGGACACUCCCCCGGGCACCAGUGACGAGCAUCUCAGCAUUGUGCAAUAUCUCUCGGCUGCACCACCUGUCGCUGCUGUGGUGGUGACAACUCCUCAGGAAGUGGCUCUGCUGGAUGUGAGGAAGGAAAUCACAUUCUGCAGGAAGGUGAACAUUCCCAUCAUUGGUGUGGUGGAGAACAUGACCUCCUUUGUGUGCCCCAAAUGUAAGACUGAGACGGCCAUCUUUCCUGCCACUACAGGGGGUGGCCCCCAGCUGGCAAAGGAUACUGGGGUGCCACUGCUUGGCAGGUUGCCACUAGAUCCCCGAGUGGCCCAGGCAUGUGACGAAGGCACUAACAUCCUGACACAAGAGCCAGAUUCUGCUGUCACUCAGGUGUACAAAGACAUUGCAAACAAAAUCAAGGAGUAUUAUGAAGCACAGUCCCAAGAAGCUACUUGACCUGCAGCAGCAGCAACAAGAACAACAGUUAUCACACAACCCUACAUAUUCUACAGAGAAGCCUUCUCAUUCAUACCAAAAUUUUUCAUUUACUUCUUAUAAGUCCAUAUCAUCAAGUCAUUUACUGGUUUAUCCUUCAUUUACUUCUUUUUAGUCAAAAUUAUCAAGUAAUUCACAGGUUUAAUUUCCAUUUUACUUCUUAAAUCCAUAUUAUUAACAUCAGUCAGUAUUUACUUUACAAAUGGUGAGUCUUACUCAUUCAUAAUUUAAGUCUUAAGAGUUUAAUUAUUACGACAGUAUCCAACAAAGUUGUUGCCUUGCUACCUUAUCAACAGUGCAAAAAAUGUUGAUUCCAAUGUAUUCCAUCUUAUCAACAAAUUCAGCAAUGAGUACAUUUCAAGAUUGACAUUGCUAACAUUGGGUCUAGUCUCCUUGCCUUGGUGUGCCGAGGCCACCUGGGGACGUCACUUGAUAUGCAGACGUACAAUGUAAAAAUUUCAGACUAAAGUGAGACUUUCAACUUUUCAAGGUUCUGAAUUACUGGAGGCUUUGGCAACAAUUGUUUUGUUGGCUGCUAUUCCUGUGCACGUUAAAACCAUCACGUCUUAUUUUGAGAUGAAGGUUUAAUAUAUAAUCGUGAAUUGGAAAAAUACUUUACUUUUAAAAGUCUUACAGUAAGUUCCCAUAAAAGUUAGCAUACUGUAGUGUUAUAAACAUUUAUAUCAAAAUAAGGGAAAAGAUACCCAGUGAUGUUAUAUAUAGUGCAUGACUUGUAGUAGUGGGAAUAACACUUGUACUGUCAUUUUGGAAUGUCACACACUAACAGUGAAAAAUAAUCAAGGGAAUGGCAACAUAAAUAUUUUUCUUUCUUUCUAGAGGAUGGUUGCCUUGUGAUGAAGGAAGUUGCCCAAAAAUAUUUCCACUUCCCUUUUCAAAAAAAAAAAAAAAAAAAAAAAAAAAAAACUAAAUAUUCCUAAGUGAAUGGCCAGUAUAUUGUAAUAAAAAGACAUGAACAGACAAACAGCCAGGCAAUGAAGUGUAGCUGUCAGUAACCUUUAGUAAUGGUCAAAGAAUUAAUGGUGUGGAAGCUUGUGUGAAGUCCCUGAUGAAAGAUAAAUAUUCCAGCCACUGGAUUCAUACAACUCAAUAGGAUGACCCCCCACCAUUGUAGUGUCUGCUGGACUGGUAAUCCCUUCUUCCAUAGUCAUCACUCUCCCUCUCAGACCUGUACUUCCUCUUCUCAGAGUCCCUCCUACCAUCAUCAUAAUCUCUGUGGUCACCACUAAACCUGCCUUGUCUGUGGUCAGAGUAUUCCCUCCUGUGAUCCCUGUAAUUCCCACGACCCCUAUAAUUUCCAUGACCUCUGUACUCCCCUUGAUCCCUGAAGCCUCCUUCUCUCCUGUAGUCUUGGUGCCUGAAGUUGCCUCUGCGGUGUUUAUUGCGAUCAAAUCUCUCAGCAGGGAGUAUUGGUGGCUUAGGCAGGUUCUUCUUGCAGUGCUGGAAAAUAUCAAACAUUGCUCAUUUCAGAGACAAUGAGCUGCUAUGGAGAACUAGCACAAUAUCAGGAUGUUAUGAAUUAUUUGUUGGAAAUGUAUGUACAAUGGAACCUUG